AUGGCCGAUCGUAGAAAAGAAGAAUUACAAAAGAAACGCCUAAAACUUGAAGAACUUCGAAGGGCAAGAGAAGAUCGCAAUCGUACUCCAACUCCCACAUCGGAACCGGAAAAGAAGUCGAAUAAAAAAGAUGAUUUGAAUAAAUUGUUAAAUGAACUUUUGGAACCAAAAGUUUCUGCUUCUUCGUCAACUAGUGGUAAAUUAACUGAAAUAACAACAACUUCUUUACCAAAAGAAGGUGGUGGUGCAUCAUUAACUAACCCACCACGUUAUGUACCUGAAUAUUCUUCUCAUGAGGCUGUUAUCAUAGAUAUAGCUCCAAAGGUAUUCAUUACUUCAUCCUUAACAUUUGUGCAAUAA